AUGAGUUAUCAAUCGAUCGAUUGCCCGACCGACGUCCGAUCGAUCGGAUUCGGUUUGGUCCGGUCAGCCGCCUUGGUUCGGUUCGGUUCGGCUCGGCUCGGUUCGACU